GCAUUGAAGGAAUCAAGUAGCGAAAUCGAAGGCUUUUUCGGGUUGGCUUAAGUGGAAAAAAAUUGAAAAUAUAAGAGGAGAAAAGAAAAGAUAUGUUGACAUCCUUAACCCUUUUAGUCCCGCCGGCACCUUCUUCUCCAUUGCUUUCCUUCAAUCGCCUCUCUCAUUUCCCUUUCUCUCCUUCCAUCUCAGCGGCCGCCUCCGCCUCCGAUUUUUUGAGAUUGGUAUCUAGAAGACUUGCCUUAGCAACCAAGAUGCAGUCAGUAACGACCAUGACAACUCAAGAGGAAGAAUGCAUGGGGAGUGUGAAGGCCCAGUUAGCAAAAUUAUUUGAAGCUUCACUUAAAGUAACACUUCCGAAUGAGCCAGAUGUAGAGCCAUUGAUAGCUGCCUGCACUGGCAAGUUUGGUGAUUACCAAUGUAACAAUGCCAUGGGCCUUUGGUCUAAAAUAAAAGGGAAGGGUACUCAAUUCCGUGGCCCCCCAGCGGUUGGAGAGGCAAUCAAGAACAAUCUUCCGAACUCUGAAAUGAUAGAAUCAUGCUCUGUAGCUGGUCCUGGGUUUGUAAAUGUAGUACUAUCAAAGAAUUGGAUGGCUAAGAGCAUUCAAAAGAUGCUAAUUGAAGGUAUUGAUUCAUGGGCACCUAUGCCGCCAGUUAAAACAGCAGUUGUUGACUUUUCGUCCCCUAAUAUUGCAAAAGAAAUGCACGUUGGUCACUUGAGAUCUACAAUUAUUGGUGACACGCUUGCUCGUAUGCUUGAGUUUUCCAAAGUUAAAGUCCUUCGACGAAACCAUGUUGGUGACUGGGGUACGCAGUUCGGCAUGCUGAUUGAGUUCCUGUUUGAAAAGUUUCCAAACUUUGAAGACGCAACUGAAACUGCAAUUGGAGAUCUACAGGCAUUUUACAAAGCUUCAAAGCAGAGAUUUGAUUCUGAUCCAGUGUUCAAAGAGAGAGCUCAACAGGCAGUUGUGCGGCUUCAGGGUGGAGAAGAAAAAUAUCGUAGGGCAUGGGCACAAAUUUGUGAAAUAAGCCGAACUGAAUUUCAUAAGGUUUAUCAACGACUUGGAGUUCAUUUAGAGGAAAAAGGGGAGAGCUUUUAUAACCCUUACAUUCCUGGGGUUAUAGAGGGGUUGACUAAACAAGGAUUAGUUGAGGAAAGUCAGGGAGCUCGUGUGAUCUUUAUUGAAGGUGUUAAUAUACCUCUCAUUGUGGUGAAGAGUGAUGGUGGUUUCAACUAUGCAUCAACUGAUCUGGCUGCUCUUUGGUAUCGCCUCAAUGAAGAGAAAGCUGAGUGGAUUAUAUAUGUUACUGAUGUUGGCCAACAGCAGCAUUUUGAUAUGGUGUUCAAAGCUGCGAAACGUGCAGGGUGGCUUCCUCAAGGUGACAAUUCGUAUCCCAAAGCAAGCCAUGUUGGUUUUGGACUUGUUCUUGGAGAAGAUGGCAAGCGUUUUCGAACCCGUAACACUGAAGUAGUUCGAUUAGUUGAUCUACUUGAUGAAGCCAGGAGCCGAAGUAAAGCAGCACUAAUUGAGCGUGGUAAGGGGGAAGAAUGGACCGAGGAGGAGAUUGAGAGUACUGCUGAUGCAGUUGGUUAUGGUGCUGUAAAGUAUGCUGACUUGAAGAACAACAGAUUGACCAAUUAUACUUUUAAUUUUGACCAGAUGCUUAAUGAUAAGGGCAACACUGCUGUUUAUUUGCUGUAUGCUCAUGCUCGAAUAUGUUCAAUCAUCAGGAGAUCUGGUAAAGACAUAGAGGAACUAAUGAAUAAGGGGACAUUAGUAUUGGAGCACAAGGAUGAGCGUGAUUUGGGGCUUCAUUUGCUACAGUUUGCUGAGGUUGUUGAAGAGGCGUGUACAAAUUUGUUACCAAAUGUUUUGUGUGACUACCUCUAUAAUUUAUCUGAAAUCUUCUCGAAAUUUUAUAGCAACCCCGAGUGCAAGGUCAUUGGAUCAGAUAAUGAAACUAGUCGACUACUAUUAUGUGAAGCAACUGCCGUGGUUAUGAGAAAAUGCUUCAAUCUUCUGGGAAUCACACCCAUUUACAAGAUAUGAUAAUACUUUCUAAGCCUUUUAUAACCUACCAUCUGUACUUUGAGCUUUGACAUUUGUAUUCUGAUCUCAUUACUUGUUUAUUUGGAGAGUUUUGAUUGUGCUGC